UGCCCAUUCCACCUUCACUUCAAACUCACUUCCACAUUCCCUCACUCCCACCCCAUGCGGUUGCCGGCGCCGCCCCCGAAGAACGCCGGCCUGGGCGUAGCAGCCAUGUCCUACGUGGCCGUCGACUACCUCCGCCACUUGUCUCCGGCGUGGCACUCGCGGCUGCAACCAGCGCUGUGGUCCCUCCUCGCACUCGCCGCCGUGACCCGCGUUCCCUCCUACCGCCACUGGACCGCCGAGUUCCGUGCGGCGGUUCCUUUCGUCGCAUCCAUGCUCUUUAUGCUCUCUACUUUACUCUUCGAAGCCCUCUCCGUUCGCUCUGUCACCGCCGUCCUCGGCCUCGACUGGCACCGAGAUACAGCUCCUCUUCCUGACACGGGUCAAUGGUUGCUGCUGGCAUUAAAUGAGAAACUUCCAAGUCCGAUUGUUGAGAUAUUAAGAGCUCGAAUCAUUGGAUUGCACCAUUUCUUGAUGUUGUUUAUGAUGCUGGCGUUUUCUGUCCUAUUUAACUCUGUAAAAGCUCCGGGCCUCGGACUUGGUGCUAGGUACAUGUUUACAAUGGCUGUUGGGCGCCUCCUUCGUGCCAUAACUUUUGCUUCUACAAUUCUGCCAUCUGCCCGGCCUUGGUGUGCUAGUUCUCGGUUCAGAGUUCCGGGAUAUCCUCAUCGUUGGGCUCAGAAAUAUUAUGUUCCCUAUGCUUCAGAUCACGAUGCUAUCAAUCGGUUGAUAAAGCUAGAUAAGGCUUAUGUUGACAUUGGAAAACCAAUUGGUGACUACCAGCCAGAUUGGGGUUCGAUGAGCUUUCUGAUUGAUUUUUUGCGACCCACUGCCUCCGAAGGGCCUUCAUGGUACAGUCUGUUAAAGAAAGCUGGAGGUGGCUGCAAUGACCUCCUAUACAGUGGCCACAUGCUUGUUGCCGUACUCACAGCCAUGGCUUGGACAGAAGCUUAUGGGGGUUUCAGUUCAGCUCUUGUAUGGCUUCUAGUAAUGCAUAGCGCCCAAAGAGAAAUACGAGAGCGCCAUCAUUACACUGUAGACUGCAUUGUAGCCAUCUAUGUGGGGAUUCUCUUGUGGAAGAUGACUGGUUUUAUCUGGUCACAAGAAGCCACAUCUAGUGAUGGGAGAUUAACUAAGCUUGAGAAGAUUCAAAGCAGACUAAUCCAGGCUUCAAAAGACUCGGACAUUGAUGAAGUAAGGGAGCUUCUCAAACAGAUUGAAUUAAGCAGUGAAGAGAACAAGAAUCAUACUACAAUUAAAUAUGCACGGUUGUUUCGUUGUGCCACCAUUGUCUUUGCACUCACCAUCGUUGUUCUGGCUUUCAUAUUGACCAGUGAUGGAUGAUCUCCGACCCCAUUUUUAUACAAUGCCACGCAUGGUUUUGAAGUUAUUGUACGCAUUUUACACGUAUUCUGGUGUUAGUUUUGGAGUCUUGUUUCAACAGCAAUUAUGUACAUCACGUAGUGAGGCUACACCACAAAUGCCCAGAAGUGAGAUUUUGUAAAGAAUUACAAUUGUUGUUGAUCAUCGUCCUCGUUUUGUACCAUUAGACAUGUAAGUUAUUUUGUAUGGAUGAAUUGUACCCAUAAAAAUAAUCAAAAACUUGUGCUUGCCAAUGU